CCUUAACCAUAUAUGCAUAUGGUCAUUUGGUUCAAUGUCUACAUUUGAAGGGUGAUCCUAAGCAUCCCCCUAUAAGUACAACAGAAUUGUCUACUUGAAAACAUCAACCAAAUCAACAUCUUCUUUCUAGCUCUUUAUUUUGUUUAACUACCAAAAAAUUCUUCUUUAGCAAAGAACUCUAGCACAAUUAAUAUGGGAAAUUGCUUUGCUCUGCAAGAAAAGUUUGUCCAGGUCAUGAAAACGGAUGGGAAGAUCCUUGAAUAUAGAGCCCCUUUGCAAGUAAAUCAAGUUCUGUCGGAAUAUCCUGGUCAUGCAGUGUCUCUGACACCUCUGGUGACCCAAUGGCUCCAGGCGGAUGCCAAAAUGCGUGCAGGUCAUGUUUACUAUCUUUUACCACUCCCGGUUCCUUCACUGGAACUCGACAAGAACUAUUCAAACACAAAGGAAGUAGCAGAACAGGAGAAUCGUGGCGUUGUGAGGAUUAAGCUGCUUGUUAGAAAGCAAGACCUGGAGGAGAUGCUAGACCAAGGAGGAUCAGUUGAAGAACUGAUUUUGCAACUUCAGAACAAUCAGUUGGUCCGUUCAUUCAAAAACUUGGACAUCGAUGCUAGUAGAAAUUCCACAGGAUGGAAGCCAGUAUUGCCAAGUAUACCUGAAGCUUGCUAGUUUCGUUGUAAAACUUAUACAUCUCAAGGACUAGAAGAGGCAUAGAGCGUAGAGGAUUACUGUUAUGGCUUAAUUGAUUACUCUAUUUUUGACUGAAUUUAGUUUACUUGCUUAAUGAAAUAGGUUUCCAAUUAA